UGCUGCUCAAGUUGGACUUUGGAAUUCUGAAGUGGGCCGUGAAAUGGUUGUCCAUGGAAUGAGUUACAUGUGAAUGUGCUGCUCUAAAUGGACAUUUGGAAAUUUUAAAGUGGGCUCGUGAAAAUGGCUGUCCAUGGAAUGAACAGACAUGUGCGGGUGCUGCUCGACGAGGACAGUUGGAAAUUCUGAAGUGGGCACGUGCAAAUGGUUGUCCAUGGGAUGAAGAGAACAUGUGCCGAGGUGCUGCUGGACGAGGACAGUUGGAAAUUCUGAAGUGGGCACGUGCAAAUGGUUGUCCAUGGGAUGAAGAGACAUGUUCCUUGGCUGCUCAAGUUGGACGUUUGGAUAUUUUGAAGUGGGCACGUGCAAAUGGUUGUCCAUGGAAUGAAAAGACAUGUGAAUAUGCUGCUCAAGGUGGACAUUUGGAAAUUCUGAAGUGGGCUCGUGAAAAUGGUUGUCCAUGGAAUGAACGUACAUGGUGGUAUGCCACAACUGGCUACAGCAGAAACAAAACUGAAGUGAUUCUGUGGCUACGCGACAAUGGCUGCCCUGGGUCUCAUGAUGAAGGACACUGAUGAUAUGGCUGGUUAGAAGUAGAGGGCAAGUUAGGCAUGGAAUCAAAAGUAGACAAUGCUCUUUUCCCACUUCUAAGAAAAUUGCCCUUGUUAACGCCACUCAU